ACAUCAAUGCUGACCGUUAUCGGUCCUUUCAAACGGAGCGCGCAGUGCUCGCUUCCCGCCACAACCCCUUUCCUAUCGGCGGCGCGCUCUGGUAAAUAGAAGGAGCGAGUGCGCGGCCAGGCCAGUCGAGCAGCGACCCCAGGAGCAACAUGUCGCCCGUCCUCCUCGUCCUGUUCCUCGUCGCCCUGUUGGCGUGCCUCGUCCGCUACGCGCGCUCCCGGCCGCCAGACUUCCCCCCAGGGCCUCUGCGCCUGCCCGUGUGGGGCAACCUAUGGCAGCUGCUCCUGAGGAACAACAAGUACCCCAUGAAGGCCAUGGCGGCCUUGUCCAAGGACUACGGCAACCCGCUGCUGGGACUGUUCCUCGGUGACUUCCCGAUGGUCGUGGCCAACGACUUGGAGACGGUGCGCGACAUGUUCUCGCACCCGGCGUUCCAGGGGCGGCCGGACGGCUUCACGGGCCGGGUCCGGGCGUUCGGCCGUCUGCACGGCAUCUUCUUCACAGACGGCCCGUACUGGGAGGUGCAGCGGCGGUUCUCCCUCCGCCACAUGCGCGACUACGGCUUCGGGCGGCGCUUCGAGAAGCUGGAGGCCCUGGUGCUGGAGGAGGUGCAGGGCGUGACGCAGCUGCUCCGGGCCAACCUGACGCCGCACGACGCGGACGUGGCGCGCGGUGGCCGCGUGCUCUUCCCGGACGUGUUCGCCGCCGCCUCCAUGAACAUGGCGCUGGCGGUGCUGACCGGCACCCGGGUGACCCCGGACCAGUACCCGGCGGCGCGCGUCGUGGCCCGCCACGUCUUGGAGUUCCAGAGGGCGGGCAACGCCGGCGGGCGCGCCAUCGACGCCACGCCCUGGCUGCGCUUCGUAGCUCCCGGCCUCUCCGGGUACACGGCCUACAAGGGCGGCAACGACGGCCUCAUGCACUUCAUCCAGGCGCACGUCCAGGAUCACAAGGACUCGUUCGACUCGGAGAUCAUCCGCGGCUUCUGCGACAAGUACUUGUUGGAGAUGCAGAAGCGCGCUGGGGAGGACUCGUCGUUCACAGAGAUGCAGAUGGUGCUCACGCUCAUGGACUACAUAUUCCCCGCGGCCACGGCCAUCCCUUCGGCGCUCACCUUCGCCGUCAUCUUCAUGAUGCGCCACCCGGAGAUGGCUGAGCGCGCGCACCAGGAGAUCAAGGACGUGGUGGGCCUGGACCGCCUUCCUGACCUCAACGACCGAGUCGACUUGCCGUACACCGAGGCGUUCCUCAGGGAAACACUCCGGCUCACGGGGACGCCAUUCGCGGUCACGCACAGGGCUACCGAAGACUCCUAUUUCCGAGGAUACUACGUCCCGAAGAACACGCUCAUCGUCCCGAACGCGUGGGCUGCUCAUCGGGAUCCCAACGUGUUCGAAAAACCUUUCGAGUUUAUGCCGGAGAGAUUCUUACAGCAGAACGGCCAGCUGAAAAAGAAGGACGUCACCGUGUCUUUCGGGCUAGGCAAGCGGUUAUGUGCCGGAGAGACGUUCGCACGUCAAAAUCUUUUCCUGUUCCUUGCUGCUCUUCUGCAAGGCUUUCGCUUCGCCAUGCCGGAGGGUGUCCCCGUGCCAGAGCCGGAGGAGGACGCCAUGUUCGGCUUUAUCAUGACCCCGACAGACGAGAUGUGGAUCGAGGUGUCGGAGAGGCGUUGAGGACUGUGCUAGGUCACAGAAAACCAAAGUAUUUGAUCUCCGAUUUAUAAUAGUAAUAAUAAUUCUUUUUAAGUAUGUGUCUUAAAAUAAGCUGUGUCCUCUCCACUUUGGGGUCUUAUAAGGCCUGCACCCCAGCCUCAAAGAGUAACUAUCUAAUAAGAUGCAUUCACACUUAGUUAAGCUAUAAGGUUUUAGUUGUACUUCCUGGAACUCAUUUAUAACAUCUCCAAUUUAUACGGUUUAACCAUGUGUUAUAAUUGUCAGUAGAUAAAAGUGUCAUUCCUAUCCAAAGAAGGAAUAAAUUAAAAAGAUAAAAUAAAAGCUACCGAUGUAACGAAUAUAAAACAAAUAAUAUUUUAUUCAAUAAAUAACAUGCAUAAAAAUAAC